CACGAUGCUUAAGACGGAUAACAAGUACAAAUCGCUGCGCCAGCGCGCUUUGAAGUUUCGUGAAGAGAAGCAGGCUUUAGCUGCGCGCAAAAGCGUUCGGAAGGCGAAGAAGUCUUUGUUUCUUGGAUCUCGCCUAACAGUCUAUUCCAAACCGGUAGUGACACCCAGCGAUGUCAGCUUUAUCUUGCUCAAUCUGCAUUUCACUUUUCGUAUCCUCUGUGGCUUUGUGGAUCAUACACUUGAUAAAGGACCCAUGAUAGUUGCGCUCGUCUUCACGUUGAGUAAUCUGCUGGUGUGUACUGCUCUGGGAUAUCUCUACGGAUUUCUUGGCAAAUAUGGCGAGCGUUCGUUCAUCAACAUAUGGGAAAUGGUGCCUAUACUACAAGGUAUUUCUGUCUCUCUGGGCCUCUUCGAAUGCCUCAAAAUGAUCGAAAGCACUCUGCUGUUAUCAUCAAGCUUGUUGAUGCUCUUUGGUGGUUACUACACAGAAGAAUACAUGCUCAAGAUCGCGCCUCCAAAGGUGAAAGCGACUUGCGAUAGAAAUCAAUCCGUUAUAUUCGCCAGUGGAGUCGAUUACGGAAUAUCACGCGUUUUGCAUGACAUUGUGGGUUUAAAAGCCGAGGAAAUUGUUUAUGAAUUGUAUCUUCCACGAGUGUAUGUUGUCGUUGGUAUUUGGGUAGUAAUGUUGGUAACACGCCUUAUAAGAGCUGAGAAACUGCAUAGGUUUUUCACGCGCAUGGUGCCGAUUAUGUUUAUGUGUAUUAUUUCGGCAAUGGUUCUGACAGCGUUUAUCUGUGCUGACGACUAUGAACAAAACUACAGUUAUGGCAAGAAUGGUAAUCUGCAGAUUAAAGAUUAUCUGCACUUGAUCGCAUUUUCUGUCAGCGAGUAUCUGCCCUCGCAUUAUAUAACGAUAGGAUAUUUAAGCGAUCGCCUCUUAAGCAGGACUCAAAUUGUAACUAACACCUUGGUAACUGCUUUAGCUGGAUGUGGGUUAAGCUACGUACUUGUAUUCUUCAUGCAAGAUUAUGCUCGGGCGAUCGGUGGAGAUUUUAAUUGCCUUACAUCAACGGGCUUGCACUUCUUCCUGGUUGUCAUCCCGUACUCAAUCGUGUACCGUAGUCAGAAAGUGGCAAUUGUCCUGAUUCCAAUCUACAUAGUAACCAUUUGUGCGAAAGUCCUGUGUUUUAUCACCACCUCACACCAGCUGUUGAUUUGGGCUCUCGCGCAUUGGAAGCUGUGGAUAUAUCGCUUCCGAAACAUUUUCUCCAUUGUGACUAUAUUGAUCCUAGGAGCAUGUACUGCUGGUUGCAGCGUCACCUCAAUCAAUCUAGUUAUGGUGCAAAUGCAUUAUGGCGCAUUUUAUCACAUAACCAUGAUACUUUUCUUACUAACAAUUGCCGGGAUAGGGAUUUACGGCAUGCAACGUCUAAACGGCGAUCAUCAGUUUAUGUUCGAGUGUGAAUAUCCACACUCUGCCUGGCUGAAAUUCCUUCUUAUGUUUGGACUGGAAUUGCUGUUGUUAUAUGUUAUAUGCAUCGUACAUGAUUAUAAACAAAUUAUAAUGCUGGAGAGAGGAAUUCUUUUCUCGUUGGUUGUUUUGUUAGCACCGCUGUUUCUCGGUGUGAUCAAAACUUUUCUCUUGCAAAAGAAAUGUAGUGGAAUCAUUUUAAACCCACUGACUACUUGGGGUCCGCCGGAUGAAGCCAGCCGCGAUGAGAGACGACGGCAAAACUUGCGCCAAAUGUUCAUACGACGUACGCGACGUGAAUGCACCCACAAUUGUUUAUCCCGAAGCAAGUUCCUCGAGGCAGAAGUAAGUGAAGAGCUCCGUUUGCGAGAAUUACUACUAGAUUCCAUUUCUUUCCAAUAUGAUGAUGAGAAAGCAGAAAGUCCCAGUGAUUCCAUCAACACGUCAAUAGAAAUCACUCUUGGCGCACCGAGUGCAGAAAAAGGAAUGUUGGCGACCUUUGAACUUUUGGAUAACGACGAAAAAUAGAUUUUAUUUCAGCAAAAUGUUGACAAAUCAAAAAAAUAAUUAAAAAGUUCAGUUAGUAGACUGGAAAUUCCGGAUCAA